AAGGCAACAUGCACUUUUGAAAGGCGGCCACAUGCCUUGGUUGAUUCAUGGACUUCGUUUCUGGACUUUUGUUUCUGUUCAUCGUUGCCCAAAUCAUGUAUCAGCUGAUUGAGCUCAUGAGGUCAAAAGUUGUAAUUUGUCGUAAAUGAGCACCGCGAACAAAUUUUCUGGAGGUUCCAAAGUGUGUGAGCUACAAAAAAGAACGGCUUUGUUUAGUUGCCUGGAAGACGUACAGGCAGGAUUAGUGUUGUAGUUUUGCUGCAUGGUUAGUUUAUCGAUACUGCAUUGGUCAAUUCUCUGUAUUUUAUCAAUAUGGAGGAGCAAUGGUAAUAUAUUAUUGAUUUGGCAAGUGACGCGGGGACACGCUGAGAUGCUGAGAACCCUCUGUCUACACUCGUAUCAACAUGAAGAGAACCCCGUCAAAACGUCCUCAGUUCCUUGCCACACGUCAAUGGAACCACAUUGUCACCUCGUUCCAGGACCACGUACCCAUCAAGCCCGUGCGCUAUCGCCUGCGUCUCUACUACCAUUGCUUCACGGGCGCGCAGGCCGUUGCCUGGCUCAAGCAGUUCUUCAAUGAAAGCGGCGGCUAUGGCACUGUAACAACCUCCCAGGUGGAGAAGUUCUGCCAGAAACUGCUCGAAAUGGGCAUCAUUGUGGAUGCUGUCCGCGGUCUCAAAGGCAACCGUAAGUUUAGUGAAUCUGGUGGCCGCACUUUCUCAGCUGGACCUCAGCCAUACUGUCUUACCGAGUCGGUUUUGAAGGGCAGGAUAUCGCAGAAGAGCUCUCAGCAAAGCAUUGGCAGUGCAUCAUUGAAGCGUAGUGACUCGGUGAAAAGCUCGCACUCCGUGCGCAGCAAGAAGUUGACGUGCAACAACCACAUGGUCAAUGUACAGUUGACGACAUCUCAAUCAUCGGUGAAUAGCCUUGGUGGGCUACCUAUGCGACGCUCCUCUUCGCUGCCGUUCGCUGUUGAAAACCGCAUCGACGACAAGACCAUGGUGUCGGCACCAGUACUGCCAACUCAGCAAGCCCCAGCUCAACACACUACCAGUAACGGAUCGGUUUUCCAAGAGGCGCAGCCAACUACUAAUGAAUCAAUGCUCGCAUCAGCGCUCCCUCCCCUAUGCCGUGCAAGGGCCUUCUCUUCAGCACCCUCCUCAACUGUGGCCCGAGCCUGUGCCUUUUCCCCAUGUUUGUGUUGUAGAAGUGUGGUGGCUGUUGGAAGUCUCGAUGAUGUAUUGUCCUUGCUGGGAAAUAGCCAAGAUGAGGAGAAUCUGUCGCCGACUGACGAUCAAAGUGUUGGUUGGUUUGAUGAGGGUGGCAGGCAGAACAGCAUUGAGAGGACAAGGGCGUACAUGGCUUUGUCCACACCGCUAAUGGUCAGCAGCGUUCCGAACAGUGUGUGGGAUCCGUGCUCCGGCAAGAAUUGUGAUACAAUAUCAAUCCAAUCUGGACACGGCAGUAUACACUCGUCUCCGUCGUCAUUGACAUCUUGCAGACAGGAUGCCACCGCCCUGAACCCGGCAGAGAUAUUGACGCGUAGACACACGAUUGGCCGAACUCCAGUACGUGCUACCAAGUCCAUGCCGCAGACGACGCCCAUGCAGAGCAGUGUGGAUAGCGGCGAUUCGUAUCAGUUACGCCGCGAGUCGCCUCUGCAGCGGACAAACAGUAUCCACACCGUCAACAGCAACAGCAUGCUGUCGGGCCACUCAAGGAGAACGGGCACCACCGAUACAUUCGCCCGGUGCUCAGAUACAUGGAAGGAGAUUGUGCUCUCUAGGUUGUUACAGUGUGUCGAGAUACCCACACUGGAGGCGAUCAUCCACUGCGUCCUGGUCGACGGCAAUCACAUCGCCGCCAACUGCGGCUUCCCCGCCGAUAGCCCGACCAGCGAGUUUGUGCCGCUGUCACAGGCGCUGGAAAAGCGCCGUCGCAGCUGGCCGUCUCGCGUGUACCCGCACGUCGUGCCGCCGCUGUUUGACUGCGAGUGGAGCGGCGUGCACGCCAUGUGUCCCCGGUCUACCGGCGGAGUAAACAUCAGCUACACUCCUCUGAUUUGCUCCGCAAUGGAUCGCCUCGCCCACUGGCCGCAGAAGGGACACCCGACGUGUUGCGACUUCUGGCUUGAGCGAGGUAUCGAAGACAUCAUCCCCACCAUUGCACAGCAUUUCAGAAGAGUUGUGGAUUGUCCAGUAAUCCCAAGCGCAUUCUACCCGCUCUUUGCUGCCGUUUACCCUCUCUUGGUGAGGAAGAAACACACGCGUGCCAUCGAGGCAUUGCAGCAUUGCUUACUGCUGCUACCGCCAGAGCGUCGUGUUCUGCUCGAGCGCAUCCUCUGCUUCUUAUCCUCCUGCCACGCCAACCAGCAACUUGUCCUUGACCCGGCUUCGGAGAAUAUUGAUGUUCUAUUGGACGCUCUGGUUCCAUGCCUGCUACAGCUGAGAUGUGAUACUCCCUUGGCAAUAGAGGCCAAGGACGUUGUUGGUUUCAUGUCAAUGCAAGUAGCUGACGUCUUCAAGGUGCCCAAAGGAAUUGUAGAGGAGCUGCAGUGUCAUUCUUCACCUGCUGAUUUCGACACAUCCAGUGAAGACAGUUGCAGCAGGGUGGGUGAUGUAGAUGUAACGUCCCAGACGACCAACAUAUCGGAGUUGUCGCUGCUGCAGCUGUUGGACAUCCUGAUAGCUGGUGUGAACAUGACGGAGCGAGAGCAGAAGAGGCGCCUCAGAGAGUUCCGGCGUGUCUAUCCAAAUCUCUAUCUCAAACGCUUUCCGGCAGCCGAUAGUGCCGCGCCACGGGCUUUAAAUCUGAAGCGUUCCUCUCAGCCGCUGAACAAGCGGCGACGGCCAUCAUUUGCCGCAGCCACGCUACAGAGAGUUGGCGUGCGCCUGCACAAGUCCUUCAAAACGGCAUCGGCGUUUCCGAGGCCUCGUUGAGACAGGGAUUUUACCAAUGACUCCUGAUCGAGUGUAUCCUUUCUGAGGCGUGCGCCUUGCUGCCAUGUGCUAAGUAGAACGUUCAGAUUGUUCUAUUGUACGACUUCAGUUUGUUCCGUGCCGUUGUCAAUGCAGCAGGUAUCGGCUGCUGUCGCUAACCAAACAUAAAAAUUAAUAUUGAAUACAAAACCCUAAAUAUGAAACAUGCAUGGACGCACAGGCGUACACACACACGUGUGCGCGCGUGCACGCGCUCACACACACACACAUACAUGCAUGCACGAGCACACACACGCACAUGCACAUGCACACACACAUGCAGCGGUCUUUGAACAGCGUACCGUCAUUCUGUUGAGACCAUUGACCCGCCUGCGCCUGAGCACCCCUCACUGUGCAGUACGUGAGCUGAUGAUAUAAAGCUCUUCGCCGCCUGCAAGAGUAUUAUGUACUCUUGCCGCCUGUUAUCAGGUUUGUCAAUCUUGCUGAUCACCUUCUCACUGCAUGUAGGUCUGUCUCCACAUUGUUGAGAUUAUCGCACAUGGGCCAGCUAGAGUAAUCGCAGAUGCCACCCUUUUUUUAUUAUUCUCCAGUGUGCAUGUAACUGACGAUUGUACCGGACUACGACUAUGAAACAUACUUUUGCACUCAUGGUACAUUAUUUAGAUUUAUACAGCAACGCUCUUUUUUAAAAGCUUCUUUUUCUCUCUCUCUCUCUCUCUCGCUCUCUCUCUCUCUCUCUCUCUCUCUCUCGGUCGUCUUACUGUUUGUACACUGGGUUAAAGCUGGCUUGGCCAGUUCUACGGUUUUUCUGUUUCUGUGCGUGUAUAUGUGUAAUUUUGUGUCUUCUGCACUCCUUGAGUGUUGUUUUCUUGUUGUUUUUUCACUGGCGCCAUGAGCAGUGCGUUGCAACUGAGAGAUGAGCACGUUGUAAGAAAAAGUGUUAUUUAUUUAUUUUUGCUGAGGCCAUGGGCAGUGAGUUGUGACUAAGCAGGUCUUAAAAGCUUUUUUUAUUUCGCUGAUGCUGUGAGCAGCAGCAUAGCAAGUGCAACCGAGCACGUAAUUUAUAUGCAGGCAUUGUUUUCUGCAAGUUGUUCGGAUGGGCAACUCGAUGUUAUCCACAUUGUAGUUCGUUUCACCCAGUUUUCUUUCUCUCUGUUCUUUUUAAAAAGUAGUUUUGCCCCGUCCUCCUUUCCCUGUAUACCUUCUUUUUUGUUACCGUUUUGGUGGUUCUUUUUUAAAGUGAUAAAGUUGACCUUUUCCUUUUGUUAUUUUUCCCUACUUUUCUGUGUACAAAAUCUUCAAAAUACAUGUCUUGAGGCCUGUUCUCAUCAGUGUUAGUGUCCGGUUCUGAGACUUGUUCAUUCUUCCACAAUUACUAUCACCCCGUGACUCAUCAA